AUGGCCUCCUCGUCUUCUUCGUCGGCGCCGCCACCACCCGACUAUCUGCACACGACGGCGCCCACUCUGCGCUCGACGCAAACACAAAUGGCCAAUGGAUUGACCGUGGAUUUAGUGUCAGCGGCUCAGCGUGAAGCAAACUUUUUGCGAAUGAUCGAUCGGAAAGCGCCAUUGUUGUACGAGCCGGAUGUGGUGAAUCAGGCGAUCCGGCGAUACGAGAAAUACUGGCUACCGAUGCAAGCCCGACAUCCGGACAUCAACGUGAUUCCUCCAUUGGACGUUCACUGGAUCUGGCACACUCAUAUGCUCUCUCCAUUGCACUACCACGAGGACUCAGAGAAAAUUUGCGGAAAAGUGAUCGAUCACAAGCUAUUAUCCUCCGAUGAGAUCCAGAAGAGAUACGAGGCCUCAGUGCGCGCUUGGGACGAGUAUUGUAGCCCGGAGCCGUACGACUUCUUGGCCUCGCCCACCCCGGCGGCCACCUACGAGCCACAGUCAAGCUACGACAUCGCGGGCGCUGUCCAGAGGCAAAGGAAUUUCAAUUAUCAGGCCUCUCUACCGCAUUACACGUCGACGAAAUUCUUGAGCGACGCCGUGCGCCGAUAUAUUCAAUUCUUGCUUUUAAAGCAAACCUAUCAUGACCAAUUCUUGACACCCUGCUACGACUUCGACAUCAUCUGGCACACUCAUCAGGUCCAUCCGCUUAAUUAUCAACGAGACUGCACGGCGAUCUUCGGAAAUCUGUUGAAGCACGAUGAUGGGGUAAACGAUCGUUCGAAAGGCAGCAAAUUGCUAAAAGGGGAGGCGCUGACAAAGAAAUUGUGGAGCACCCAUUUCGAUGAACCAUUUUGGCGACGCGGAUGCAUGUACAGAGGCCAUAACGCACCGGCGUUUCUCGGAUUCGAGUCACAGGAUUUGUCGAACAUUGCGUACGGGGAUUUGCACGUGCCGUCAAUCGCGCUAAAGGACAUUCCCGUGCAACGCGAGCAACUCCGGCUAAAGCUGUGCUAUGGGAACAAAAAAGUGACGACUUUCAACGCGGAUCUCUCGCAGAAACAAGUGACGAAAUCGGGUUUCUCUCUCGUUUGGCAGCCAACCGACAGCUCAUCCUCGGCGUCAAUCGUGAAAUUUCCAUUCGAGCGUAAAUGCUCGAAAGAUUUAUUCGUUGAAUUGGAACUAUUCGACAAAAUGUUCCUGCAGAAGAAAGAUCUCGUUCGGCUGAUCGGUCGAGUCUCUUUGGAUGAUCUCCUCCCGCCAUCAAAUAGCAAAUCCGCUCACAACGUCGCCGAUGUACCGCUACAGACAAAAGAUUACGAGCCAGAAUUGAACGCUCGGGUUACGGUAACCACCAGUGUCACGCUCAAUCGAGAAUUGCAACUGUUGGCUGGGGAGUUUCAGGAAACCCCUCUACAAGCUGACACGCAUCUCUGGUUCUUGUGUCAGUGUGCCUCUCUGAAUCGACAAGCCAUGCAGCCAGGAGUUACCGUACACCUCGCGACACACACCGUUAUGGACACCAGGGAUGGCACCAAGUUCACUGUGCAGGUGGUUCACUCGGCACAAUUGCUCCUCUCGAUGAUCCUUGUUUACGGGCGAGAACAGAGGCUUUUGUCUAUGGCUCACCUGAUCGGUGCCGACAGUCUGCCAAGUAGAGAGCAAUUGGAUAGCAAUUUGCAAUUUCUGCCGCAUCUUUCAUCAGCAGAAGAGCGUGCUUUCGUCAUCGUGAACCGUGAGGGUGACUACGCGAUUGUGAAAGGAAGAUGGACAGGUUUUGUUAGGAAACAGGAAGUGCAAGGCGGUAGUGGGAAAGGUCAAAAGGCUAAGCCUGGCUCACCAGGUCGGCUCCUUGUCGACGCUUUCAAUCUCCUUAAGAACACCGUCCAAAAACUGGAGGUUCCCACAGCUGAAGGGAGCACCCUUUUCGUGAUUGGAGAUGCACAGGCUCGUUUACCAGGGAAACGGAUUGAGGUCAGGUCGACGGCCACCGCUGAACACAUUGCCGCCGUUUUUUGUGUAUCGACUCUCUUCGUUUUGUGCAAUCCGGAUAAGGUACGAGCCCGUACCGAGUGCACAUCGGUCGGCCACCAGGCUCACAAAUGGCCAUUGACGCUGGCGUGUGGGUAUGGAAAGCAAUUGCCGUCUAAUAGGAUUAUUGCCGCCGGCGAUUGUGGAGGAACUGAGGUCGUUCCACUAAUGUUCGGCCUAUGUGCUACCGGGUGUGAUGGAGGCGCUUGUGGAGCCUGUGGAGCAUGUGGUGCUUGCGGCGCUUGCGGUGGCUGCGGUGGAUGCGGAGGCUGUGGUGCCUACGGUGAAAACAGGCGAAGGAUCAAUGAUGUGUUUCGGUGCGAUGUG